CCAGAAGAGGAGCCAAAAGAGGAAGCAGCACCAGCCAAGCCUGUGGUAGGAAUUAUUUAUCCUCCUCCAGAGGUCAGGAAUAUUGUGGACAAGACUGCCAGCUUCGUGGCCAGGAAUGGUCCAGAAUUUGAAGCUCGAAUUCGUCAGAAUGAAAUAAAUAACCCCAAGUUCAAUUUCUUGAAUCCAAAUGAUCCUUACCAUGCAUACUACCGGCACAAAGUCAGCGAGUUCAAGGAGGGCAAAGCACAGGAGCCCUCGGCUGCUAUUCCCAAGGUCAUGCAGCAGCAGCAAAGCGCUCAGCAGCAGCUGCCACAGAAGGUGCAGGCCCAGGUGAUCCAGGAGACAGUCGUUCCAAAAGAGCCACCUCCGGAGUUCGAGUUCAUUGCAGAUCCUCCCUCCAUCUCAGCAUUUGACUUGGAUGUAGUGAAGCUAACGGCGCAGUUUGUGGCUCGGAACGGGCGGCAGUUCUUGACUCAGCUGAUGCAGAAAGAGCAGAGGAACUACCAGUUUGACUUCCUUCGCCCCCAGCACAGUCUCUUUAACUACUUCACGAAGCUGGUGGAGCAGUACACAAAGAUCUUGAUCCCACCGAAAGGCUUACUGCUCAAACUCAAGAAAGAGGCCGAAAAUCCCAAGGAAGUCCUAGACCAGGUUUAUUACAGAGUGGAGUGGGCAAAGUUCCAGGAGCGAGAGAGAAAGAAGGAAGAGGAGGAGAAGGAAAAGGAGCGUGUUGCUUAUGCCCAGAUUGACUGGCAUGACUUUGUGGUCGUGGAAACAGUUGACUUUCAGCCCAAUGAGCAAGGGAAUUUCCCUCCUCCCACCACUCCAGAAGAGCUGGGAGCUCGAAUCCUGAUCCAGGAGCGGUAUGAGAAGUUUGGGGAAAGUGAGGAGGUGGAGAUGGAGGUGGAGUCAGAUGAGGAAGAUGAAAAGCAAGAGAAAACAGAUGAGCCCCCAGCUCAACUGGAUCAAGACACACAAGUGCAGGAUAUGGAUGAGGGUUCAGAUGAUGAAGAUGAAGGUCAGAAGGUUCCUCCUCCUCCAGAAACCCCGAUGCCACCACCUCUUCCUCCCACGCCAGAUCAGGUCAUUGUGCGGAAAGAUUAUGAUCCCAAAGCCUCAAAACCAUUGCCACCCGCUCCAGCUCCAGAUGAGUAUCUUGUUUCCCCCAUCACUGGAGAGAAAAUUCCUGCCAGUAAAAUGCAAGAACACAUGCGAAUUGGUCUCCUGGAUCCUCGAUGGUUGGAGCAGCGUGAUCGAUCCAUCCGUGAAAAGCAGAGUGAUGAUGAGGUGUAUGCCCCAGGUUUGGAUAUUGAAAGCAGCUUGAAGCAGCUGGCAGAGCGCCGUACUGAUAUCUUUGGUGUAGAGGAGACUGCCAUUGGUAAAAAGAUCGGUGAAGAAGAAAUCCAGAAACCAGAGGAAAAGGUGACCUGGGAUGGCCACUCGGGCAGCAUGGCUCGCACACAACAGGCUGCUCAGGCCAAUAUUACUCUCCAAGAGCAAAUCGAAGCUAUCCAUAAGGCCAAGGGCCUGGUGCCAGAAGAUGACAGCAAGGAGAAGAUCGGUCCCAGCAAACCCAAUGAGAUGCCCCAGCCACCGCCUCCUUCAUCAGCAUCAAAUCCCCCGGCCAGUGCUCAGCCUAUCACAUCUGUGCCUCGCCCACCCACAAUGCCCCCUCCCGUUCGUGCCGCUGUUGUUUCUGCAGUUCCAGUCAUGCCUCGGCCCCCUAUGACUCCUGUGGUCCGUUUGCCGCCGGGAUCUGUCAUAGCCACCCCCAUGCCACCAAUAAUCCACACCCCGCGCAUCAACGUGGUCCCCAUGCCGCCCUCUGCUCCUCCCAUCAUGAGCCCCCGCCCGCCUCCCAUGAUAGUGCCAACAGCGUUUGUUCCUGCUCCUCCUGUGGCUCCGGUUCCUUCCCCAGCGCCGAUGCCUCCUGUCCACCCGCCGCCCCCCAUGGAGGAUGAGCCGGUCUCAAAGAAACUGAAGAGCGAAGACAGCCUGAUUCCAGAGGAGGAGUUCCUGCGCAGGAACAAGGGUCCAGUCACGGUCAAAGUCCAGGUUCCCAACAUGCAGGACAAGACAGAAUGGAAGCUGAACGGCCAAGUGCUGGUGUUCACCCUGCCCCUCUCAGACCAGGUGUCUGUUAUAAAGGUUAAGAUCCACGAGGCCACAGGGAUGCCGGCUGGGAAACAGAAGCUGCAGUAUGAGGGCAUCUUCAUCAAGGAUUCGAACUCCCUGGCUUACUACAACAUGACGAGUGGCUCUCUGAUUCACCUGGCGCUCAAGGAAAGAGGAGGCAGAAAGAAAUAAGAGCUGUGGAGCCCAGACACAGCAUGGCUGCGUGUAACUCUGACCCUUUGAAUCCUCCGACCCUUUGAAUCCUCCGACCUUUUAGGGGCUCCCGUGGC